GACUUCUCUCAUAACAAUAAGUUAAUAGCAAAAAAUUGUGACAAUCAAUUUAAUGUUGUAUAAUUUUGAGUGUUAUUCAUAAAAAUGGAUAAGAAAAUCAAUGAAAAUGCGCAAAACGAAGUAGUCUGCAAAAAUAUAGACGAAGAAAAAGUGGUUCUCAGUUCUUCUUGCGGGAUUAAAACGGUUCAAGAAAUUAAUGGUGAAUCUAACCUCAUAAUUACUGCAGAGAAUGAAAAUAAACCCAUCGAUAUUGAAAAUACCCCCAAUGUUUCUGCAACAAAUUCGUCUCUUAUUGCAAAAAAAGCGAUAACAGAUUUAGAAAAGAUCAAGAACAAUUUCAAUCUAGAACUAUCAAUAUUUGAAUUAGAACUAGAAGCCGUAAAUAAUAGCUGUAAUAAUCUUCAAGUUUCUGUUAAAGAAUUUGGUCAACAUCUGUUCGAAAUUGAAUUGAACUUGAGUCAAGCUUUUAUAAUGCUCCCAAAAGUCUUCAGAGAUCUUAAAGAACAAUACGAAAACAUUUGCGUGCGUUUAAAAGAAGUUGUAGAGAUGCAAAAUUGGUUUAAUAAUGAAAUUCGCCAAUUCAAAUUAAAGAUAAAGAUAGAUCAAGAAGAAACGGAAAUGUUAAAAGAAAUUGAGAAGUAGAUGUCAAAUAAAUAAGAUGCAUUAUCCGUAAAGCUGGUUCUAAAACUCGCUUGAUCGAAACUUAAUG